CCCCGCCCGUUACUCCCCCCGCAGGAGCAAAACCCCCACGAAGCAUAGCGAAAGCAAACCGCAGGUACUCCUCUCGUCCGGUCGCCCCCCACCAGAGCAUGCGCGUUGCCGCGACGCGACUCGCCUCCGCCCCCGCUCCGCGCCCCCUCCUCCUCCUCCUGGUCCUGGUCCUCCUCGUCUCCGCGCCCCUCGCGAUCGGAGCAGCGGCCAUGGCCGGCCACGUCCUCGGCGGCGUGAAGGAGAACCCCGCCGCCGCCAACAGCGCCGAGUCCGACGGGCUCGGCCGCUUCGCCGUCGAGGAGCACAACAAGCGCCAGAACGCGCUGCUGGAGUUCGUGCGCGUGGUGGAGGCCAAGGAGCAGGUGGUGGCCGGCACGCUGCACCACCUCACGCUCGAGGCCAUCGAGGCCGGGAGGAAGAAGGUCUACGAGGCCAAGGUCUGGGUCAAGCCGUGGCUCGACUUCAAGGAGCUCCAGGAGUUCGUCCACAAGGGGGACGCCACCACCUUCACCAACGCCGACCUCGGCGCCAAGAAAGGUGGACAUGAGCCUGGUUGGCGUGAGGUGCCUGUAGAGGAUCCUGUGGUCAAAGAUGCUGCACACCAUGCUGUGAAAUCAAUCCAAGAGAGGUCUAACUCCCUGUUUCCCUACGAACUUCUUGAGAUCGUUCGCGCUAAGGCACAGGUUGUGGAAGACUUUGCGAAAUUUGACAUUCUGAUGAAACUGAAGAGAGGCAGCAAGGAGGAGCAGAUCAAAGCCGAGGUCCAUAAGAAUCUGGAAGGGGCUUUCGUGCUGAACCAGCAUCAGCCAGCAGAGCACGAGGAGUCUAGCAGCCAGUGAGCUUCUGACGUAACGAUAACUGUGGUAAUGUAGUGUGCGCUGUAAAAUAAGGAGAAGACGUGGUCACUCCGGGUUUUUAUCUGGAUAUGUUGUGUGGUCGUUGCUGGCUUCCGAACGGGGGCAGGCAGAGGCAGCCUAGUGCUGUUCCUAGCUUGUCGGAACGCUAUUGCUGGCAUCGAAACUUGUGAACUACCAAAGCUAAUCGUGGUCAUAUUGUACUGUUAAUAGAAUCAUUUGUGAA